AUGACAAAAAGGCUACCCCUUAGCUGUGAAAACUGCCGAAAGAGAAAAAUACGUUGCUUGGGAUCUGGUGUGCCAUGUGAUACUUGCCGAAAGCGCGGAGUGGCGUCGACAUGCCAGUUUAAGCGUGAUCUUGAACAAAAUCUUCAACCAGCACAAAAAGAGGCAAGCGCCCUCCAAGAAACUCUUCUACAGCGGAUAUCGGAUCUUGAAAGUCUACUCGUGAGAAACAUUGAGUUGACCUCGAGGUCCAACACUCAACAUAAUCACGAUCUCCGUUCGCCCGUGUCCCAAGAUUAUACCCCUCUGUUUCAGCAUGAGCUUUCUGAAAACUCCGCCUCGGCCUACACUGAUAGCCAAUAUUUUACCCGCAAUGUCACUAAGCCUCAAAGUAAUGAGGUUGGCAGUAUCAUUGCGUCCCCUUCGGGCCAUGUACGAUACGUUCCUUACAGCACUUCUCGCGAUCCCGACGUGUUUCAUUCGCUCCAGAGCCAAUCUCAGCUGGAUUUCAAGUCUGGGGCCUUUUUGUUCUGCGACAUACCUCCCAACAAACAGUCUCUUUUAGACAUGUUACCACCAUUUCGGCACUGCGACGAACUCAUCACCACAUUUCUCAACGUUUUUUCCCCUCUGUUCCACAUCAUACAUGACGAGACAUUCCAGUCGAACUAUAUCAAGUUCAAGCAAGAUCCCCAGAAUGCUCCGAUAUCUUUUAUAGGUCUGAUAUUUGUCACUUUGGGGCUGGCUGUCACUGCUAUCGAUAAAGAAAGUCCUAUCUUGUUAGACUUGGGCCGAGAGGCCUCCGCUGCGGAAAGUGCAAGGUCUUUGGCAGCAAAAUAUCGACAAGCGACAAUGAAGUGCCUUGCUGCCGACAACUUCAUGUGGCAACAUAAUUUGCAAACCUUGCAAUGCCUCAUUCUGCUAAUAUAUGCCAUCAAUCACGCCCAAGGCCCAGCCUGGGCUCUUCUUGGAACGACGCUUAAUAUCGCCAUCGCCAUAGGGUGCCAUGUUGAUCCUGGGCUUCUAAAUCUGAAACCCAUUGAGGUUCAAGAGAGGCGACGAGCAUGGGCGGGGUUAAUGAUGCUUUAUACCAUUCAGAAUACCUGUCUAGGUAACCUAGCUCCAUUUAAUGUUGAGAACAAUGUCCAACUACCGGCAGACGUGGAAGAUGAUGAAAUUGUUUCAGACUCGCUUCACGAAGCCUUGCACGGGAUCGAACAGCCACCAAGACGGAAAAAACCAACAAAAAUGUCGUAUAUCCUCUUCAAGUUCCGCCUCUAUUCUCUGGCUUCUGAUGUAUGCACCCUGAGUGUUGAAGAAUUUACUCGCUCACCGACGAAGAUAAAAGCAUUGGAUUGCCAAAUCGAGACCGAAUUGCAGGCCCAAGCAGAGCGCUUCUCGGAUCAACUUGAUCUGCCCACGUAUCAUCAAGCACAUUCGUUUAUUUUGAGCAAUUACACCAACCAUCUUAUUCUGCUCCUGCAUCGGAUCUGCCUUUUGAAACCAAACGGAACCGACGACGGGAAUUCAAUAAUAAACAGCUACGAAAAAUGCGAACAGGCUGCUCUUGUCAUCCUUUCGAACUAUGAAACCCUCAAUAUGCGCCAUGAAUUUGGACCCUACCGAUGGUAUAUUUAUGGCCUAGGUUCAUUUCAUGCCUUUUUAGCGAUAUCUACUCUGUUGGUUCUCCUCGGAAAGGCCCAUACUCCACAAAAUCCGAAGCACCUUAUAUUCCAAGCAUUGCGAAAUUCUCUCCAACUAUUGCAUGACAACGCUUCAUCCAGCGAAAUUUGCAAGAGAGCUUGUUCGAUACUUGACUCAUUGACACCAGGAGAGCAUACUAUCCCGCGGACCCCAUUCCUUCCACUCUCUGAUGGCGCGAGUACCCUGGAGAGCACAGGUAGUGUCAACUCAAGUGACCUGACAAUGGAUACCGCCGGCUCAUCAGACAGUAUCGACUCAAAUUUUUGGGCUUUACCAGAAAAUUUCGAGGAUAUUGUAUCCAAAAUUCCAUGCGAGCAGUGGCUUUCGCCGGCAGCAUUUCCAUGGACAGAUCUCCCUCUGGAUGCAACAUAUCAUAAUGGCAUCGUUUGA